AUGGAGCCAAACUCUCUCCCGAAUGCGGCGAAUGUGCCAGAGCCGACCGAGCCGCCACCGGAGGGGUUCCUCCGCACCUCCUCCUCGGGCUACGACUUCGAGGACGAGCUGAAGGUCGAUGGCAUGCGCUCGAUUCCUUAUCGUUCCCGCCCAAGCCAUCGAAGUCGGCCCAGCCAUCACUCGAAUAUGGGCUCAGACGGGGAAAUGGACAGGAGUCCUAGCCUUGGGAACAUAGAUGUGCUGCUGAAUGGCCUGAAGGAUGUUCCGAUGGCGGUGAGGCAGAUCAAGAAGGCCAUCAUAAAACUGCAGUCUCAAAGCGACGCGCUUCUGCAGGGGCAGACUGACAGCAGAAACGCGCUCUUGAGGCUCGAGGGCAGCCUGGCCUCCGCGGGUCAGGUCGCUGCAGCCAGCACCGUGGCUGCCGCGCCGAGGUUCCCGGCUGCGAACCAGCCGCUGGUGGCCAGAUCGAUGGCCCUCACGCGGCAGGCGUCGCGGGGAAACAUGGACUCCCUGGACACCAAGGUGGAGACAAAAACGCUCGCCUUGCCACAAGAUGCCAGCAGCACAAGCGCAGGCAUGAUGGCGGCGAUGCGGCGCACGAGCGUUGCCCUGGGGAUGGGAGGCGCCAUGCCAGUCUUCCACCGCCCUGCUGCCCAGCAGAUUGCCGUGCCGCAAAGCACCCGACGCGCGUCUCUGGCUUUUAACAACAACGGCCCACCGCCGCUUCCUGUGGCAGUGCAGAUGACGCCCAUCAUGCCGACUUUCCAAGAGGAGGAGGAGAAUUCUGACGACGACUCCAGCCCACUUGGCUCGCCAGUCGCGAAGGAUUCGGAGGAUGAGGACAAGCCGGAACCCAAGGCGGAGAAACCCGAGCCCGAGGCUCCUGGGCCGGUGAAGCCGCGGCCGGUGCAGCAGAAGGUUCAGCUGAUGAUCCAGGAAAAGGAGGAUGACGACGUGAUGUCGAUGACACCCUCAUCGAAGCACAAUUCUGAGGAGGGCUCGCGCGUUCAGAGCUGGACCCUGAAAGGCGCGCAGGUCUCCGAUUCCGGGGAGGCAAACCGGCUGAGCUCGAUGCGCAGCAGGGCCUGGCAGGAAGAUGACGAUGGCGCGACAUCGGCUCCCAAGAGCAGGUUUCUGCUGAUGCCGGACUCUGUGAUUAGCCUCUGUUGGAACAUCAUGAUGCUCCUCUGCGUCAGCAUGAUCGCUGGGCUGAUACCCAUCCAGCUGGCGUACUUGUGGGGUGACGAGCUUGCGCCCGAUUGGACCGCCGCCAUCGUUAUUCUGGACAUCUGCUUGAUUGUGGAUGUUCCGGUCAGCUUUGUCACGACACAGCUCGAUCGGAAGACCCUGCAAUUCAUGGAGUCUGCCGAGGUAGCUGUCCACUACGCUGUCAGCUGGCUGGCGAUAGACCUCCUAGCUGCCUGGCCUCUCGGUUGGUCGGCGGCGCCCAGAACGGCUGCGUACUCCGUGCACCGGGCGCUCAAGUUGCUGAAGCUCCUCAAGCUCCGCUACUUCGUGCCCCGCCUAGAGGACCAGAUUCAGAAUCACAAGCUGUCCUGGCUGAAGAUGUCGGGUGCCAUGCUGCUGCUGGUUCAUUCGCUGGGCUGUGCCUGGUACGUAGUUCGGAACGCGCUCGCCUACCCCGGGCAGCCGGGCAAUGCGGACGACUACGUGGCCGACAUUUACUUUGUAGUGAUGGCCCUCACGAGCGUCGGCUUCGGCGACAUCGUUCCCAUAGGAUCAGGAGCGCGGCUCUACUGCAUCGUGGUCAUGCUCGCCUCGAGUCUUUUCUCGGGUGUCCUUGUCGCCUUCGUUGCGCAGUCGCUUCGCACGGUUUUCGACGACGAGGUGGAGAAGGGCGUGGGUCUGACACCCCGGGCCCUGCGCGACUUCAUGCUGAUGAUGCUGAGGGGCUUGGGUCUGAUAUCCUGCCGGGGCCAGCGCGAGAUGAUGCUGAUGAUGCUGAGGGGCUUGGGUCUGAAGGCCGGGGCCAGCGCCAGCUGCCGGGGCCAGCGCGAGAUGAUGCUGAUGAUGCUGAGGGGCUUGGGUCUGAAGGCCGGGGCCAGCCAGCAUGCUGGUGGGGCUCAGGGGCUUGUGUCUGAAGGCCGGGGCCAGCGCGAGAUGAUGCUGAUGAUGCUGAGGGGCUUGGGUCUGAAGGCCGGGGCCAGCGCCAGCUGCCGGGGCCAGCGCGAGAUGAUGCUGAUGAUGCUGAGGGGCUUGGGUCUGAAGGAACCAGCGCCAGCGGAUGCUGAUGAUGCUCAGGGGCUUGGGUCUGACAGCCUGGGCCAGCGCGAGCUCAUGCUGAUGAUGCUCGGGGCUGUUUUCCAACACUUUAGGUUUGCAAUGGGGCGCUUGUAA